UUAUUGUGAUAUUUCAUGAAAACUGUUUCUCUUUUAGAUGCACCAAAGAACGUCUCAGUGUCCAUCAGUCCAUCUGUUGAAAUAGUGGAGGGAGAUUCAGUGACUCUGAGCUGCAGCAGUGAUUCAAACCCACCUGCAGAAAUCAUCUGGUUUAAAGGAGGAACGUUUGUAGGAUCUGGAAGAAACUACAGCAUCUCAAACAUCAGCUCUGAUCACAGUGGAGAAUACAAGUGCAAGUCUAGAAAUAAACAUGGAUGGAAAUACUCUGCUGUGACUUUAAACGUCAUCUAUGCAACAAAGAACAUCUCAGUGUCCAUCAUCAGUCCAUCUGGUGUAAUAGUGGAGGGAGAUUCAGUGACUCUGAGCUGCAGCAGUGAUUCAAACCCACCUGCAGAAAUCAGCUGGUUUAAAGAAAUAACGUUUUUAGGAUCUGGAAGAAUCUACAACAUCUCAAAGAUCAGCUCUAAUCACAGUGGAGAAUACAAGUGCAAGUCUAGAAAUAAAAAUGGAUGGAAAUACUCUGCUGUGACUUUAAACGUCAUGUAUCCACCAAAGAACGUCUCAGUGUCCAUCAGUUCAUCUGGUGUAAUAGUGGAGGGAGAUUCAGUGACUCUGAGCUGCAGCAGUGAUUCAAACCCACCUGCAGAAAUCAUCUGGUUUAAAGGAACAAUGUUUGUAGGAUCUGGAAGAAACUACAGCAUCUCAAACAUCAGCUCUGAUCACAGAGGAGAAUACAAGUGCAAGUCCAGAAAUAAACUUGGAAAGAAAUACUCUGAUGCUGUGACUUUAAAUGUCUUGUAUCCACCAAAGAGUGUCUCAGUGUCCAUCAGUCCAUCUGGUGAAAUAGUGGAGGGAGAUUCAGUGACUCUGAUCUGCAGCAGUGAUUCAAACCCACCCACAGAAAUCAUCUGGUUUAAAGAAGGAACGUUUGUAGGAUCUGGAAGAAACUACAGCAUCUCAAAGAUCAGCUCUAAUCACAGUGGAGAAUACAAGUGCAAGUCCAGAAAUAAACAUGGAGAGAAAGACUCUGAUAUUGCGAUGCUGAAUGUGAUGUAUGCUCCAAGAAAUGCAGUGGUGUCCAUCAUCAGUCCAUCUGGUGUAAUAGUGGAGGGAGAUUCAGUGACUCUGAGCUGCAGCAGUGAUUCAAACCCACCCACAGAAAUCAUCUGGUUUAAAGAAGGAACGUUUGUAGGAUCUGGAAGAAACUACAGCAUCUCAAACAUCAGCUCUGAUCACAGUGAAGAAUACAAGUGCAAGUCCAUCAAUGAACAAGGAAAGAAAUACUCUGAUGCUGUGACUUUAAACGUCAUGUACCCUCCAAAGAGUGUCUCAGUGUCCAUCAGUCCAUCUGGUGUAAUAGUGGAGGGAGAUUCAGUGACUCUGAGCUGCAGCAGUGAUUCAAACCCACCUGCAGAAAUCAGCUGGUUUAAAGAAGGAACAAUUGUAGGAUCUGGAAGCAUCUACAGCGUCUCAAAGAUCAGCUCUAAUCACAGUGGAGAAUACAAGUGCAAGUCCAGAAAUAAACAUGGAGAGAAAGACUCUGAUAUUGCGAUGCUGAAUGUGAUGUAUGCUCCAAGAAAUGCAGUGGUGUCCAUCAGUCCAUCUGGUGAAAUAGUGGAGGGAGAUUCAGUGACUCUGAGCUGCAGCAGUGAUUCAAACCCACCUGCAGAAAUCAGCUGGUUUAAAGAAAGAACAUUUUUAGGAUCUGGAAGAAACUACAGCAUCUCAAACAUCAGCUCUGAUGACAGUGGAGAAUACAAGUGCAAGUCCAGUAACAAACACGGAGAGAAAGACUCUGAUCCUGUGAAUUUAAAUGUCAUGUAUGCAACAAAGACCAUAUCAUUGUCCAUCAGUCCAUCUGCAGAGAUGCAAACAGAUGCUCCAAAAAAUAUAGCGGUGUCCAUCAGUCCAAUAGUGGAGGGAGAAUCAGUGACUCAUAAACAUGGAGAUAAAUACUCUGAUGCAGUGCCUUUAAAUGUCAUGUACCCUCCAAAAAAUGUGUCAGUGUACAUAAAUGGAUCUGGUGAAACAGAGGGAGAUUCAGUGACUCUGAUCUGCAGCAGUGAUUCAAACCCUCCUGCUCUGAACUUCAGCUGGUUUAAGGAGGAUCAAAGCUCCUCUGUUGGAUCUGGACAGAGUUUCAGUGCACUACAGAGUGGACGCUUUUACUGUGAAGCUCACAAUCAACACGGGUCUCAGAGAUCAGACGCUGUAACUGUCACUGUUAAAGAGCAUCACGGAUCCCGUUGGCAUGAAGUUUUUGGGAUCACAGUGGAAUGUGGAGUAUCAUUCAUCAUUGUUACCAUCACUAUCAUCAUCAUCAUGUUCAUAAUAAAGAAACUAAGGAGUUUUAAAUCUGAAUACAUCACAAUGACACAGAUCUCUGAAUCGAGUGAAGACACAUACAGACUUCUUGAACUCAACUCCACGACCUCUGAUCUGUACGGCACACUCACAACCCUUCAUCCCAGACCUCCUGAAGACUCAUGCACAACAGUUUUAUAAUGAAAUUGAUGAACUUCAUUUAGUCUGUCUUCAUGUUAUUGCCUGUUCAGAUCAAAAGGAAGAUGCUGCAGUAAGAGGCGGAACACAAAGGAGUCAAUCCUGAGCUCUGUGGGCGAUUGAGGGGGAACAUUGAGUCGCUUCAGUGUUUUAUUUCUUUAUGGUUUCAGGAACAUUAUUUAACAAUGAAAUUAAAACAA